AUGGCUUCCGAUUCGUCCGAGAUACCUUCAAUUAAGUUUAAAAUUCAUUUGUUUAAUCGAUUUCCAUUGUGUGUAUCUCAUUGCAUUUGUUUGUUUCAAUUGAACAUUGAAGUUGUUGCUGGAAAAGUGAAUCCAGUGAAAGAUGUAUCAAAACCGACAGUUGAUCCUAAUGAUUCCAAUUCGGCUGACAUACCUUCAGCUGAGAACUUUGAAUAUGUUUGUGGAAAAGUCGAUCCACUAUCAGAGGUAUCACAAUCGACAUUUGAUCCUAAUGAUUCCAAUUCGUCUGACAUCUGUUCACCUAAGAAAUUUGGAGAUUUUGAUGGAAAAGUCAAUCCACAUUCAGAUGUAUCAAAAUCGAAAUGUCAUUCUGACUUUGAUAGUGUUGAAAUAAUCGACUUUAGUGUUCACUUCAGUCCCUACAAAUCCCAGUUGGAGAGGGUGAUUUCGGAAGAGGUAAAGAUUUUAUGA